AACCUUCCAGCUGAAACGGAUGAUGAUACUUAGACUAAUUUUACUUGAGUUAUAAUAACGAAGGAACAGAUUACUAAAUAGUUAGUACUUAGUACGUAACCGAAGGCUUCAAGCGUAGACCAGCUAGGCAGCUGGAUUCGUCGGAAGGAACAAUCAUGGUCUGGCAGCCGCUUAACCUGUCGAGCGCGUGUCCGGCCGACUCGCACCUCACCGCGUGCUCGCCUUUCGGCUUCGUCUACCUUAACCUGCUGGUGCAGCUGUACGGGGGUCCUGUAGACCGGGGUCACAUAAACCGGGGUCACAUUGACCAGGCUCACAUAGACCGGGGUCACGAUGACCCGGGGCUGGACGCGGAGUUUGACUUCAUAGUGGUGGGGGCAGGUGCAGCCGGUUGCGUCGUCGCCAAUAGAUUGUCCGCUAACCCUAACUGGAAGGUACUUCUGCUGGAAGCCGGCGGCGAACAGCCUGAAGUGACUCUAGCUCCAGGUCUACCUCCCCCUCUCAUAGGCUCCAACAUCGACUGGAACUUCCGCACGCAGCCCAACGGGAGGAGCUGCCUGGCCCUCCCGGGAGGACAGUGCAAGUGGCCUGUGGGUAAAUCGCUAGGUGGCUCGACCGUUAUUAAUGGAUUGGUGUAUAUUCGCGGCAACAGGGAAGACUUUGACAAUUGGGCCAGGCUGGGGAAUUCUGGGUGGAGCUAUGAAGAUGUGUUGCCAUUUUUCAAGAAGUCCGAAAGAAAUCUGAAUAUAGAAGGUCUCAAUCGGGUUUACCAUGGAGUAGACGGAGAGGUUCCGGUCGCAAGGUACCCGUUUAUAGACUUACCGUCGAUAUUCGCGACCGAAGCUCUGAACGAGAUAGGUCUCCCUCUGACAGACUACAACGGACCUAGACAAGAGGGAGUCAUGCAAGCUCAAAACACACAGAAAAACGGAGAGAGAGUAUCAACUUAUUCUUCUUUCAUCCAUCCGAUACGACACCAACGAAGGAACCUGAUAAUAAAAACAUAUUCUGAGGUUUUUAAGAUCCUCAUCAACAGACAUAGGAGAGCGUAUGGCGUGCAAUAUAAGCGCAAUGGUCAAGUAUUCACUGUGUUCGCUAAAAAGGAGGUAAUCGUCAGUGCUGGUGCUGUGAUGUCCCCUAAAUUACUGAUGUUGUCCGGUAUAGGUCGAAGAGCACAUUUGAGCAGUCUAGGCAUACCAGUCGUAAGCAAUCUCGCCGUGGGCGAAAAUUUACAGGAUCACGUUUCGUUUAACGGCGUUGUUAUAGCUUUACCAAAAAAUUUGAGUACUUUAGUCACAGAGGAAGAAAUGCUAGAAGAAAUUUUUGAAUAUAAGCAGAUGAAAAUCAAAAACGGUCCUCUGUCGGGCAGCGGGCCGAUCAAUACGAUCGGAUUUUUCAGGUCCAAUCCUGAUCUCGUAACACCAGAUUUGGAGUACCAAAUGGGCCAGCUUAACUUCUGGAGGGAAUACAUACGCGAGCCCAUAGCUUACGGGGGUGUGGAGAUAUUCCCUACGUCCUACUACGACAGUAUACACACGAGGACGAUCAAUUUAGUACCAAAAAGUAGAGGAUACGUCUUCCUAAAUGCUUCCAAUCCAUACGGACCGCCAGUGGUGAUCCCGAACUAUUUGGGCGAUCCCCGAGACUUUGUACCGUUGCUGAGGGGUGUUAGGAUUUUACUUUCCAUCGAAAAUACGAGAGUCUUUAAGUCCAGUGGAGCAUAUUUUGUUAAGGAACCCCUGCCGGCUUGUAGGGAGUUUGUCUGGGGCACAGAUGAGUAUUUCUAUUGCCUAGCGACCCAGUACACCAGAGCGGUGUACCACUACGGUGGUUCUUGUAAGAUGGGUCCAAGAUCUGACCCCAAGGCGGUGGUCGACAAUAAGCUCAGGGUGUACGGUGUCCGCGGCCUCAGGGUCAUAGACGCCUCCAUAAUGCCCGUCGUAUCACGUGGUAACACCCAGGUACCCACUAUCAUGAUCGGAGAAAGAGGAGUCGACUUCGUCAUCAAAUAUUGGAAGAGAUUUGAAAACUAUAAUUGGUUUCAAUUUGAGAAUUGA